UAAGCUAAGAUUGGUGACAUGUAACAUAAAUCGUAUUUCUAUCCCAGUUUUACAGUUUUAAUUUAAUGAAGAGACUCAUGAAUUACAUACCAAGUAGAAGCAGUACAAAAAUAACAAUGACUUGAUUGGCAUUACUGCCUUGAAUGAAAAUUACCCAUCAUGGUUGAAUCUUAUGGCAGUGGGUUGCCAAAACAUGCAAUAUACAACACUUCAUCAAGUUGGAUGAAGUAUGUUAUAAUUUUAGCUGUGUCAAAGUUCCUUCGGGCUGCAGGACUUUUCUUGUCUUAUGAUUUACUGAAGAUUAUCCCAGUGGUGCAGUUUCUGUUUAUUAUUAAAACAGGGAGUUCAUUACCACUACUGAUAUUACAAAAGCCAUUUUCAUCAAGUAAAAGAUUAUCGAAAUCCCAGUGGUUUAGAAUAGGAAAACAUGCAAUUUUUGGUGCAUUUCUGAGUCUUCUGUGGCUUUUUGGGUUGACAUUAUGUGGACCUUUAAGGACAAUACUUUUGUUUGAACAUAGUGAUCUAGUUAUCAUCUCAGGUGCCAGUGCUCUGUUCACAGCCAAUGGAGGAGGCCCAGCAAAGUCUAGAGGAGCUUUCUUUUUCCUGAUUGCCAUUUUGACGCUGUUGUUAUUUGAUCACGAUGAAGAACACAGUCACCAUGAUCAUGAUGGAAAUCACAAACACAGCAAUGUAUUUACACAUGUAUUUUAUCAUAUCAUAAAUUCCAUUGGAUGGUCCGACCAUAAGGGUGGAGUAGUCCUGCUGUCAUUAACUUUAUUCCUACAAAUAGGAUACAACAGUGCUUCAAAGAAAUUAUCUGUGGAUGUUGGUGGGUCUAAACGUCUUCAUGCUAUGUCUACAUUUAUACAAGCUUUUGUUAUGUUUCCAUGGGCAAUGUUCAUUGCAAUGACCAAAGAGAGUGACAUAGAUUCUUGGUUAUACCUCCUUUUCCCACUAUUUCUUGUGAUAUUAUUUGUGCUUGUGAUAGACUUCUAUAUAGAAGCAGUUGUUAUCAACCACCUACAGCCGCCAAAGACUGCAGUGUAUGGUGCAUAUGCAAUAUUUCUCUCAGCUUUAUUUCUUGCUUUAACUUGGAAUCAUCCAUUAGUUUCUAAAAUCACCACCAUCAAAGAGAUUAUUACAAACGAUCAUGUUUUAUCUGGUGGAGUUGUAUUCAGUUUAGCAGUUUUCAUGCUAGCCACCAAUAUGCUAGCAUGGCCCAGUAAAGGGACAAAAGGUGGAAGCUUUAUUGGCUACUCAGCAACUGGAUUACCUCUCUAUAGUUUUACUGGUGAUGCAAUAUCUAAAACAACACAUUCAGUAGUCACCAUACUUAAAAAUGGACUAAAACAAAUAUAUGAGGAAUCAGAUUCACGGAGAAUAUUUUAUUUUCUUUGUAUAAACUUGUGUUUUACGUUUGUUGAACUUGUAUAUGGUGUGUGGACCAAUAGUUUAGGCCUGAUAUCUGAUGGCUUCCAUAUGUUAUUUGAUUGUUCAGCAUUAGUUAUGGGGUUAUAUGCAGCCAUUAUGAGUCGAUGGAAAGCUACAAGAAUAUUUUCUUAUGGGUAUGACAGAGUUGAAGUAUUAUCAGGAUUUAUAAAUGGUUUGUUCUUGGUUGUGAUUGGGAUAUUUGUCUUCACAGAAGGACUUUCUAGAUUAUUUCACCCACCAGAGAUACACACAGAAAGAUUGUUUGCUGUGUCUGUGAUGGGCCUUUUGGUAAAUUUAAUUGGUAUUGUGGCAUUUAGAGGAGCACAUGGGCAUAGCCACGGUGGUGGUCAUGGACAAAGUCAUGGAGGUGGAGGACAUGGCCAUUCCCAUGGAGGAGGCCACAACACAAACAUGGAAGGAGUGUUUCUACAUAUUUUGGCUGAUACACUAGGCAGUGUUGGAGUAAUCAUAUCUACUGUACUGAUAGAAAACUUUGGCUGGAACAUUGCUGAUCCUAUAUGUUCAUUAUUUAUUGCUACGAUGAUAUUGUUGAGUGUCCUUCCACUUCUGAAGGAAACAUCAAUGAUUUUAUUGCUCCGUUCUCCGAGCGAAGAAGAUUCAGGGAUAAAUGAAGUCUUACAGAAGGUGCUUAAUAUAGAAGGAAUCCUGGCUUACAGAGAACCACAUUUCUGGCAGCACACAGCUGAUAAAAUUUAUGGCACAGUACAUAUACAUGUUGUACCAGAUGCUAGUGAACAAAAAAUUAUUGCAUAUGUAACAAAUUUAUUCAAAGAGAUUAACAUUAACACUGUAACAGUACAGGUGGAGAAAGAGACAUAUUACUUCCAUUUAUCAGGACUUGGUGCUAAUUGUGACAGUUACAAUGACUUUGGAAACUCAAAAUUCUUUCAAAAUGGUCAGCCUAUAAAAGAUAUUUAAAUUUCCAAUUUAAAUGGUACAAGGCUUGAAAGGAUCGAUCAUAAGCCACACUGGGAAUGAUUAAACAGAUUAGAAUGGAAAUUCCUAUUGAACAACAUUUCCAAUGCAGUGUUAACAAGGAUGUUAUAAAGUGGACUGUUUUUUAACGAUAUUUCCUCAUAAAAAGAUGACCAGGCUGUGAUUGAUUGAUAUUGUCUAUUUAAAGUGUAUUCAAGUUAGAAAAUUAAAGAAAAUUUAUGUAAAGAUCUUAAGUACAGUGCAUCUGUCAGAUUGAUAUUGCAUGUUAGAUUAAACAUUGAGUUUAGAAGACAUACAGGACAUAUCUUCUCCUCCAUGCUUAUGCUUUCUUUAUUUAAAAAGCUUUAAAUAAUACUGGCAAUGGCAUAAUUAUUUGAUUUGAACCAAAUAUCUGUAGUAUAUUAUUACCUGUUAAUUGUAAACAAGUAAUGGCACAAUAUUUUCCUCACAGUUGCCUGUAAAUAUUGUGCAAAAUAUUUUUAAACUUUUGAUGUGUAACCUAUUUCAGUUCUGUAAAUUGUAAAAUACAAUUCAUUAAAAACUUAGAGGAUAAUUAUUUACUAAUUAAAACAGAACAAUCCAGACAAAUAUUGUCAGACUUUGUAUACCAAUAAGACAAAGAUUUACCAAUGUAUAUAAAAUAAGAAUUUUGUCUCGCCUCAUCAAAGAAUAAAUUUGGGAUUGGUUUUAGUUUAAGGGAAAUUCCAAGUGUUGGGUCAAUGAUAUUCAUUCUGCAGAUGUAUUAGCAUUUGCACAUCUAACUUCACUGCAGGUUAUUUGACCCUGCACCUUCAGUCAAGGUUUAUUGACUUUGAAUGUUUUGCAUAGUUUACAUGUUAAGUUAUUGCCAUAGUAAUUUCAACAUUUGCAUUGUACUAUCAAAACUGUAUGAAGGCAAUACAUAGCUCUGUAAUAACAUUUUUGAAGAUUUAUAGAACCCAGACAUUAAAAAAAAAUAUUCAAUAAAAGGUUGUAGCAAGAAUAUUUGUGAAUUUUAAUGACUAAAAGAAAAAACGUUUACAGUGGAUUCAUUGUUGAUAGUGGCAAACCAUACAUUUAAAUGUUCUAACAAGUUGGAAUUUUCUAUGGUAUUGACAAAAACUGUCAAAUCCUUGAAAUCAAAUUAAAAUUAAAAUAAGAUUGUUCUUCAAUCCAUGAAUUUGGUACCCACAAUAAUAAAUGAAUCCACAGUACUGUGGUGGCAUGGUAGUACAAUGAAAUCUUCUUUUUGGAUUAAUUGAUUGAUUGUUGGUUGCUUAGCUUCUAGUUUCAAUAAUAAACACUAGAUUUCAUACUUAAGUCUUGUAAAAUGUUAGAGUAUUUGGAAUGGGAUUGAUAUACACUAAGCUUGGGAUGCCAGUGUCAAUACUCAGUAUAUUUUUCUUUUUGCCCAUGAACAAAUUAGUGGCUGUUAUUUUACCUUUCAAAUACAUUUAAUCUCUCCAUAGGGGGAGGGGGGUUACCUUGACAUUAUUAUUUCUUUAAUUUUUCAAGCUAGUCAGCAGGGUUUCCGCUGGCGGUUGCCAUUUUCAAAUUUGCGAAAAAAUAAUAAUUGUGGCGAUUAAAUUUCGUCAUUGGCGAAAGAAUUUGGCGAAAGAAAUAUAUAUAUAUAACGUUUUAUUUUCAGCCAUCUUGUUUAUUUACUUUUUUUCGGGUUUCUCCGACUUUACCGAUCAGACAAUACUCUGAAUUCACCUUGAACUCGUUAAGAUUUUGACAGAAAAUCAAUAAUCAUCUGAUUGCAUUCAUAGCUAUCGACAUCAAAGGACUAAUUAAUAAAGGUGUUGAUUGUAUGAUAUGACAAAAUGAUAUGGCUUCUGUCACAUGUCACAAAAGGGAUUUAUUAACCACUUUGCGACGCACGUGUUUGAAGCAAAAUUUUACGCUUCCUCUCCUUUUAAUGAUAGUCCAGAAAAGAAAAUUGUUGUUAUGACGAAAAAUGUUCAAAAGCAAGAAAGGUCUCUGAUUUAAAACUUUAUCAUUUAACUUUCAUAUAGAUCAUUGAUUUGAGUGGAUACUUCAAAGUCGUUUCAGUUACACACGUGUUUCAAGCAUACAGUUUUACUUUUUUACUAUUGUCUAGAAAAGAAAACUGUCGUUAUGAAGAAAUCUAUUCAAAAAGUUGGCAUGAAAGUAACCCUUCAAUGUAAUGACUACACCUUACAUGAGGGAUCAAUUCCAAAUGCUAAGAUGCUUCGUUUUGUUCUAAAAAAACACUUCUAAUAUAGGGGGCUCGAAAAAGGAAAUUUUAAAAGAAAAGUAUAUUUGUGUCACUUGGCAAAAAAAUUAUAAAGUGGCGAAAAAUAUAUUGUUUUGGCGAAAGGGGUGGCGAAAAAAAUAAUCGACCCAGGGGAAACCCUGUAGUCAGAUUAUGACAAUGGAAAACAGUUUUACUCUGAUGAUGGAAAAUAUCAAUUUAUUUCAUAUAUCAUAUUUAUUUAUUGAAGUGCCAUAAUUUACGAAUAUUUUUUAGUGAACAUACUGCACUUUGAACAUUCAGCUGACAUUUAUCCUAGGUAUCCAUAUCUGUAUCUGUAUAAUACUGGAAAUGAACUCAAAAAUUCUGAGUAAAACUUAUCCAGGUAAUAAUUCACAUGAUAUUUUUGUAAUUGUUAGAUAUUUUAUGGUUAUAGGGAACAAUAUAGGGAACUUUGUUAACAUCUGUUUUAAAGACCAUUCUUAAAAUUAGUUGGAAUCACCUGUUUUUACAGAAAUGUAACUGGUGACAAAAUAGUGACCUGUGAGUGUCAAUAAUUUACAUUUCCAUAAGUAGAUUACUAGUAUUGUUUAUCUUAUGCUUUAAAACAAAGUAGGUCUGAUUUUAUCAUAAUUUAUUUUGUCAGGAAUAAUGUUAUUUUAAAAUUGUCAUACCAAAUCAAAAUAAAUAUUUUUCGCAAUA